GGAGCCGCUUCCGGGGCAGUGCCGGGGCCGCUCCGCGCCCGCCUCGCUGGUCUCGGUCCGCCCGGAGCCGCCGAGGUCAUGUCUGAGAAAGGCAGUGGUGAAAAUCUGAAAGAAGAAACCUUUCAUGAGGAAGAAAAUGAACAGAAAGCAGAGGAACUCGGCUCCUCUGAGAGCAAUGAAGAGAGAGAGAAAGAGCUUGAGACUGUGCCUGUGACUCGGAAAAGACCUGAGCCCAAGCCCCCAAGCCAGCCUGAUGCCACAGAAAAGCUCACAGCUGAAACCACCAAGGUCUCAGGUUCUCCUGCAGUUCAGACAGGGUGGGGCUACUGGGGAAGCUGGGGGAAAUCUCUUCUGUCAACUGCAUCUGCUACUGUAGCUACUGUAGGUAAGGCUCUUGCUGGUGUUUGAUAAAUAUUUUAAUCAUGUUUUGUGUCUCAAGCUAGUGCUUUAGAGCUUGUUUCCAGAGAAGGGGAUUUCAGUUAUAGAAGUGAGAAUCCUGGUGCAGCUGAUGAUGGCAGCUCCUUUCCUAUUGCUGGGGCUCUUGAAGUUUUAUCAACCAUCUCUACUGCUGUCCAAAGCACAGGAAAAACUGUUAUUAGUGGAGGUCUGGAUGCCUUGGAAUUCAUCGGGAAAAAGACAAUGGAUGUAAUAGCCGAGGGAGACCCUGGAUUCAAAAAAACAAAGGGCCUAAUAAACAGAACCUCUACGUUAUCUCAGGUCUUACGAGAGGCAAAGGAGAAAGAAGAGCAGCAGACAGCUACCAAGGUUACCAUGGCUACGGAGAAGAAAGCCCAUUAUGGGUUACUGUUUGAUGAGUUUCAGGGUCUUUCGCAUCUGGAGGCCUUAGAGAUGCUUUCCAGAGAGAGUGAAUCAAAGGUAAUGGCCUUGAGCAUUUUGCUUUCUAUUUUGAGCUCAGCUGAGCAGGCAAAAAAAAAAGAUUAGAAAUAUGUGUAAAUG